CUUGGUCGUCCUGGUCAUGUUACAGACCGCAGCACAGAGAGUACCGGUCGUACCUUUCCUGCUGCUGGGAACCACCGAAGUUCGAUUCUGGCUAUUGGUACCGUUGUUUGCCAGCUUCACGUUUGCUCUUUUCUGUGUGGCGACAAUGAUACUUGCAACCAUCUUCUCUGGUCUUGUUGUCCUUAGGCGCGGAUUCGAGGUCGACAGAGACAAGAAGGAUACCAUCGAGUCCACCAGUCUGGCGUCAAAAGUUGUGCCCGCCGCGGUGAUUGUGACCUCCGUUUGGAUCUUCAUCCCGAAGGAAUUGGCUUUUGUCGUGUUGUACCUCUUACACCUGGUGACAUCGUUGCGAUCGGCUUCAGUGGAUGUGCAGUCCCCUCAAGCAAAGUUCAACCAUUGUGUUCUGCUCUUCAUGACCCUACUGCUACCGUUUAACGGGGCAACAUUGGCAGUGUGGGCACGGAACAUGUGGGCUGGGAACCCUUUCCCUUCUACUCACAAUGUCCUACCCAUUAUACCGAUUGUCAUGCUGGUGCAGGCCAGAUGGACGGAAAGAAAGUUGACUUCUAUACCAAUGAUUUGGCGAUGUGGUCGAGGGAUGCUGAACGCUACGGCCUGGGCGUGCUUCUUGGCUGGAGCUAGGUGGACGUGGGUGAUACCAAUGAUCAGUCAUUCUGUGUUUGUAUCGUUAGCAUUGAUAGCAUGGACAUGAGCAUGGCUCGAAAAAGAUGAAUUGUUAACUGUAA